UCGCCAGCCAGUCUUGUGUUGGACGUGGUCGUGCGCGGUGCUGGCAAAAGCGCGGCUUGUCCGCCGUGUCGUGAUCGCCGAGUCGUCGCGUGUGCUGCAAGUGUUCUCUGGAUUACUGCGCCGUGGAUGUGUGUGUGUGUUUGAGUGACUGCGUUAUGAGGAUACGCCCGUGACUUCCCUCGAAUCCACCUCUGUACAAUCAAGAUGGCCGCGUUGCUGCUCGCGGUGCUGCUGUUGGCGCCAGCGGCCCUCGCCACCAUGACGCCGCCCGACGCGGUGGUGGACGCCAAGGACCACUGCUCGGUGGACACGUGGACGACGCCCACCCCGAACGCCGUGGGGACCGCCGUGGGCAACGCCGUGGGGCUGCCCGACGGCGACCUGGCGUUCAGCAAGGAGCUGUCCUCCAAGGAGUACGUGCUGGGUGGCGGCGGCAAGAGCCUGCACUGCUGCGCGCACGGAUACCGCAGCAUCGAAUGGUUCAAGGACGGGCGCCCCUACCCCUGGCCGGGCGACGUCAGCAACUUCAUCCUGUACCCGGAGUCCGCCAACCAGACGGUGUACUCGAAGAUGACGGCGCCGAAGGACGGCGGGAACUAUUCCUGCCUCGUGCGAAACGACAGCCACGCCUACAUGCACAACGUGGCCCUCAGCGUCAUCGAUGCGGCCAGCUACAUGGGCGCCCCGCUGCCCACCUACGAGCUGCCCGACGAGCAGCUGGUCCAAAUAGGGUCCACUGCACGCUUGUUUUGCGAGGCCUUCGUGGGGAGCAUUGACCUUCCCGAUGCUCAAAGUGUCACUUGGAAUCGCGUGGGAAUGAAUACAUCUUUUGUAGAAGAGCAAAGACGUUUUGUUCUAAGAUCAGUGGCCAGGGAGAACAAUCAAGUUCUUGGGGCAUACUUGACAAUCAAAGGGGUGAAGAAGGAAGACCUAGGACCUUACGAAUGUAGGGUUUCCAAUGCAGGAGACCAGGCUAUACUUCUUAAACUAUGGCUUCGUGAAGCUGAACCCACAGAGCCCCUUGGCUACAGCCCUAAAAUAUGGCGCCGUCUUGCUUGGGCUGCUAUUGUUUUCUUGGCAAUAGCCGUUGUUGCAACUGCAUUCAGGCAUCGAUUGGGACUGUUGGCGUUGUUCUGCCGGUAUCGACUAGUGCGGCCGGAUUUGCACGAUGGCAAAGACUAUGAUGUCCUUGUCACUUACCUUGAAAAAGACAAUGCUUUUGCAUUUGAAAUAUUGAACACUUUGAAGAAUCGUUAUGGAUAUACUUGUAACUCCUUCCAAAUAUGUCAAAAUGCUGAUUAUGACUGUGCUGCUGAUUUGAGAGACUCAGCGAGGCGAUGCCGUAGAUUGAUUGCUGUCAUCAGGCCAUCAAUGGUUGAAGCCCUAAGCGGCUCAGUUGUAGCAAACACGCUUGGUGGAUCGGCGCUCCCUGCUCACAGACUGGGUGCGCUUCAAGAAUUAGAUGACGCUGAUUACUGGGACUCUGGUGUCCUCGGCUCCCUUCUGAAUCAAUUAACAAGGAUGCACCCGCAGCCAGUGUGUGUGUCGCUACAGGCACUUCCUCCUGGCUGUGAGGCAAGCCUAUCAAAUCUUAUUAGAUUAGCCCCGAUUAUUGAGUGGCACCAAAGGCGAUCACUUUGGUUCAAGAAUUGGAGCUUGCUGCGCCUCCGCUUGCCUCCUCUCCGGUCAAAACAUUCAUCCCCCACUGGGAGUGUGGCUAUUGUGCGCCCAGGGAAAGAUCUUGGGUCGGGUGUGGUUACUACCGUAGUUUCAAGCUCUACUUCAAGUAGAUCAAGAAGAUCUUCGUCAUAUGAUACAACAUCCUUAAACAAUAGUAUGGAGAUUUUGGUUUGAUUACUGCAAUAAGUAUUUGUGUAAAGAUUUGUAUAUUAAUUAAAGACCAAAUUUAGUUUUCUUGAUAAUGUGUAUGUAUGUCUGUGUCUGUGUGUACAUUUAUGUAUAUAUGUAGGUAUGUUUUUGUAUGUGUUAAUAAUGUUUGAAAGUAUCCUGAUGCGUUGUAAUUUACUAUGAAAUUGAACUGAAUUAUUUUGUAAGUAUGUGUACAGUACAUGUUCUUAAUUAAGACUAAAAUAUUCAUUGAAAAUAAGACUUUUCAUCUCAAGAAGUCACCUCUACUUGUGUGCUGCUGUCUUUGGAAGGUGACACACAGCUUUGUGGUAAUUUAACUUCAUCAACUUUAGUAUGAUCUGCCCUUCCAGGAAGUAGUGUAGUGAAGAACUAAAAUAAAUUAGCUUUUCAUGUCAUGUUUUGCUAUCAGAUCUCAUCAACUCAUCAAACUAAAGGGGACUUCAAAGACAAUUAUUGUUUGAAUCCUUCAUUCUCUUUCAGCAUUUGCUAGAUGUUUUUCAUUAUUCUGUUUAAAAAGGGACUCUCAUCACCCCAUCUAUUUAUGAAGAAUUAUUAUUUGGUUGUUUUGUUUUCAUCAUGCCCUGGAAAACUGUGAUAUUAACACUCCAGGUACCCAGUGACCUUAUUUAUAAUCAGUCAGUGGGCUCGUGUGAUUGUAGGUCAGGCUCCCAUGCACUGGGGUUAUCUGUACAGUAGUCUUAGUUAGAUUCGUACCCUGUUAAUUUUAAUUUAUUGUAUGUAUACGAAGGUUGUUGAUAGGUUUAGCCAAGUCUUAAGGCCAUGAUUUAGUGAAGUAACCAAAACAGCUUUUUGACUUGGUUGUAGAAAAUUAGAAAAUUUUAGAAAAUGUUAAUUAGUUUACCCUACCCAUCAGGGGUAAAUCUUGAAUUAUAAUGCAAUAUUGAAAAACGA